AACAAUGACUCGGGAAUGAACGCGGCAGCUGAUGACGGAGUGACGUCGACGCCCCGAUCGAGGAGUGGUGGAGGAAGGGAAGAGAUGAAGCGCGGCGGUUCCAGACGGCGGAGAUUGUCCGUAUGCAUGGUUCUGUUUGCGUCGGUUAUCUUCACCGGUCUUGGCUUGUUGCUGCUCACGCUCCGAUCGGUGGAUCCUAAUUCGUUCGUCAUCGACGACGACGACGGCGACGUCGUUUUGGACUCCGCCUCCGUCGGAGAGAAGGACCAGGAAUGGCGCGCCACCGCGAGCUCCGGAGCGAGGCCCUGCGCGACGGUGGAGGAGAUGGGAAGCGAGUUCGAGGGAGAUUUCGCGGAACAGAGCCUUAGAGUACGACAAAUUAUUCGACGCCAUUUCGAUGUAAACGGUGCUUCGGCCAUUCGCGAGCUCCCUCCAGAUCAGUUUUGCAGACAUGGAUUUGUUCUUGGGAAAACAGCAGAAGCGGGUUUCGGGAACGAGAUGUACAAGAUCUUAACUUCUGCGGCAUUGAGCAUAAUGUUGAACCGGUCCUUGAUCAUUGGCCAGACCAGGGAGAAAUACCCGUUUGGUGAUUACAUUGCUUACUCCAAUGCUACCUUUACCAUGAGUGAAUUGAAGCAUCUCUGGAGAAAAAAAGGCUGUGCGAAGAAAUAUGGAAGGCGGCUUGUUAUGAGACUGGAUGAUUUUGAGAAGCCGGCCAAGAGUAACGUCGUAUGCAGCAAUUGGAUGGAGUGGAAGGAACCUAUUAUAUGGUUUCAAGGUACAACAGACGCUGUGGCAGUUCAGUUUUUCCUGAAGAAUGUGCAUACAGAGAUGAGGAUUGCUGCUUCUGAGCUAUUCGGAGAACCAGGAAACCUUGGAAUGCGAGCUAAUAUAUUCGGGGAGCUGAUGAUGGCACUCAUAUCUCCCACAGAAGAUGUCCGGGAAGCAGUGAAUUGGGUUCUACGAGAAACCGGAGACCCUGAUGUCUCAUUGCACAUGCGAAUGCUUAAUAACAGACCUGUGAGAGCUCUACAUGCAGCACUGAACUGCUUAAGUAAAACAAUUUCCGGACUAGGUGUGUCAAACCCGAGAGUGACCAUAGUAUCAGACACCCCAUCAGUUGUGAAAGCUAUGGAACCUAAUAUAAGUGCUUUUGCCGAGGUUUUGCAUUUCGACUAUAAGCUUUUCCGAGGGGAUAUCUCCCGAGGCGGAAGCGGGCUACCCAUGUUAGAUUUCAGAAUCAAGGAUUGGGGGCCAGCCCCGAGAUGGGUUGCCUUUGUCGAUUUCUUUCUGGCCUCCCGAGCGAAACACGCGGUAAUUUCUGGUGCUCACAGGCGAGUAGGGACUACUUACGCUCAACUGGUCGCCGCACUAGCAGGCGCAAACAGCCUCGAGGACGGAUCGAGGAACUCGAGCUUCGUGUUCGUGAGCAGCUUCCAGAGCAACCUGUUAACGGACGGUCUGAAGAACCAGGUGGGAUGGGGACAUGUGUGGAACCGAUACGCAGGGCCACUGAGCUGUCCGGAGCAAUCUCACCAGUGUGCGUUCACGCCACUCGUGCCGGCUGGUUGGUGGGAUGGUCUCUGGCAAUCUCCGAUUCCCCGAGACGUCCAUCGGAUGGCAGCUUACGGCGUCGAGCUCUCGGGUUUCGGGACAGUCAACGAAGAACGAAUCCGAGCAUUUUGCAGCGGUAAGAAAGAGUACGUAAAUACUAUAACCAUCAUUUAGGGGACUCCACUGUCUCUAUGUAUGUUCAUCCCCUAGUUUCUUCAGCCAUAUUAUAAACUCAAACUCUCAUCUCAUUGUCUCGAGGACCAAUCUUUGUUACAAAAAAAAGGUAUGAUUUUGUUUAGUGUUGAGUUUUGGAUUGCAUUGGGCUCCUUAGAUAGAGAACCGUUUUAUUCGGUAUUUGUCGCUUUCGGUUCUGGAACA